GGCGGCUACUUCUCCCGCGUCAGCUACAGCCACGCCACAGAGGGCGUCGUCACCUGGCGGGAGGGCGGCGUCACCCACCAUGCGGCCCUCAAGGACGCUGACGUCAGCGCGGGGGCGCUGCUGCAGGCAGGCAUGGCCGCCGUCAGCUUUGGAGCCGGCGGCGGCGUCGGCGGCAGCUACGGCGGCGUGUUUGGCGGUGCUGGGGCAGGCUAUGGCGGAGGCAGCGGCGGCGGCUGUGCACAGGCGGCAUACCCUGGCCUCGUGCUGCAGCGGCUGAUAGGGGAGGGCGAGGCUGCGCUUGCCGGGGGCGGCGGCGGCACCGGUGACUUCUGGGUGGUGGUGGACGCGGACGCGUCGCAGCGCCCCGCGCCCGGCACGGACGCGGCCGCGUCGCUGCUGGAGGCGCUCGCCGCGCGCUGGGGGCGCCGCGUGCUGGUGGCAGUGCAGAACGUGCACUUCCUGCCGUUUGGGUCGCAUGGCACGGCGCCGCGGGCGCCUAGCCUCCUGGAGGCGUGGUCGCGCAUUGGAGGGGUGGUCUGCCCGUCCGAGUUUGUGGCUCGGUACCUGACUGAAUCCCCGGAGGCUGCGGCGGGCGCGCUGGCGGCGGCGCGCGCGUGCGUCGUGCCGUACGCGGCGUGGGGCGCGUAUGGGGCGCAGCCGUUUGAGGACGUCGGGGCGCGAGUCGUGGGGCUGAUGGCGCAGCAAGCGCGGCGGCGGCAAGAGCAGCAACAGCAGCGGCAACAGCAGCAACAGCAGCAACAGGGGCGUGGGGGGCAGCAGCAAGUUGAGGAGAAGGGCUCAGACCUGUUCUUCGCCCUCGCCCGCCGCCUGCCCCACUUCCGCUUCCUCGCCGUAACCUCGGACGACCAGAUCGCCGCCCAGGUGUCCGUCCUCGGGCCGCACAACGUCCAAAUCGCGCCGCCCCAGGACGGCGUCUCCGCGCUGCUGGCCGGCGCGUGGGCUGUGGUAGUGCCCAGCGUGUGGCAGGAGGCGUUUGGCAUGGUGGUGGUGGAUGCCAUGCUGAGGGGGCUGCCCGUCAUCACCAGCGACCUGGGGGGCCUGCCAGAGGCCGGGCUGGGGGCCGCUGCCGCCCUGCCCGUCUCGCCGAUGGCGCUGCCUGUGGCGGAGGGCGGUGGCGGCAGCAGCGGCGGCUGGCCGUGCGCGAGCUGGCGGGAUCGGGCGUACACCGAGCAGCCGGCCUCCGUGGUCGAGGCCUGGGCGGGGGCGCUGGCGGCGCUGCUCAAGGGCCCGGGCGCGGUGGGGCGGUACGCGGCGGCCGCGGCGGCAGCGCGCGCGGCGGCGCUGGCGCACGUGGCGGACCGCAACCGUUUUUUGGGGCGGUUCAAGGGGUGGCUGGACACGAUUGAGGCUGCUGACAGGGAUGGCUCACUGUGA